UAAUAAUAUAGCAAACCCUGUUCUAUCCCGCCGCCUUGUCGAUGUCCAGAGACCGAUGACUAUGGCAGACUCGUCCGUACGCCAACGGUUACAGAAGACCAAGUCUCCCUCAAGUCCACAACAAUUAUCCUCGCAGCCCGACGGGGUCGAAGACCAAUCCUCACGCGUGAUCUCUCUCCUUGAUGUUCUUCGAGUAAUCAUCACACUCAUCGGCGUCUCCUGCGCACUGUCAUACUAUCUGACCUCCGGGGCCUCUCUUUUCUGGAAUUACCAACCCUGGUUCGCGAAUACCGCACAGAUUGUACAAUGGUGGGCGGGACCAUUGCAGCUGACGCCGGAUCAACUGGCCCUUUACAACGGUACAGAUCCCAAGAAGCCAAUAUACCUUGCCAUCAACGGAACGAUCUUCGACGUGACAGAAGGAAGACAUACGUACGGUCCGGGUGGAAGUUAUGAGGUGUUUGCAGGAAGAGACGCCACCAGAGCAUUUGUGACUGGAUGUUUUCUGGAAGAUCGAACGGGAGAUCUAAGAGGAGCCGAAGACAUCUACAUACCCAUAGACGAUCCCGCCGAGGAUAUUUCAAGCGGUGCUAGAAAGACAAGAGCUGAGAAGGAGCGGAGAGAGGCAAGGAAGCGCGUGCUGCAGGAAGUGAACAAGUGGGAGGCAUUCUACCGAAAUCACAAGAAAUAUUUCGAAGUAGGGAAACUGGUGGGUGUGCCAGAGUAUACCGGAGAUCCUCCGAAAUUAUGCGAUUCGGCUCAGAAGGGUCGGCCCAAGAGGAAGAAUAUGAAGAAAGCACGAGAUGCGGAUGAGGCGCCGGGAAAGCCAGUUCACUAGUAACGCCAAAAGCAAAGUAUGAGGCCACGAUCUUGGGUAGAUAACACAUAGACGGAGGCAGCACUAAGCCUGAGCUUCUUCUUCUGGCUGGUAAACGUUUCAAGAUGGUAGGAUUGUGCUGAGUCCGGUUUCGGCACAACGCUGGAAACAGUAUUGACCAUUGAAUUCAGUCAUGUUGACCAGUG